AUGUUGAGAACAGGAUCGUGUGCCUGGAGGCGAGCGUCCACGUUUCCGAAAAUAAAUGCUAUUCUGCCACUGAGAUACAUCAGCCAACAAGAUAUCAGUAAGACACCGUCACUAAACCAAUUCCAAGACCCCAGCAAACCGCCUGCUCAAUCGGUGACUCCUCCGCCUUUCAAGCCCAACAAUGUUCCUCCGCCUUCAUUUCCCAGCAAGCCUCGCUCAAAUAUGACCUCAAUUCUUACAAUCUGUGCGACGGCGGGUCUCAUAUACUGGGGAAUCAGGGUCUAUGAGGACUAUGAAGACACCACCUAUAGCAACGAGUUCGGUAAGGUUCUAAGCGACGCCCUUGUCGCUGAGAAUGAAGGCGAUUUUGCAAAAGCCCUGAAACUUUAUCGGAAGUGCCUUGUUGUGUGUGAUAGUGAGAUGACUUCGGAACUUGACCAGCAUUACACUGGCGCAGUUUUGAAAGUGGCGGAAAUGUUUGAGAAACUUGAAGACUUCGACCACGCUCUUGCUGUCUACAAAACACUCAGUGAGUUCAUGGUGUCAGAGAUUGGCAAGCCAGAGCAUAACCUGUCGAGGAAGAAGUUCGACAUGCUCUUGCAACAAUCCAUGGUUGCCGCAAUGAGAUACACCAAUCUUCUGAAGCCCGACGAAAAGUACAAGGUCAAGAAACUGUUACUGGACAAUAUAGUCAUGGCUCAAAGACGGCUGGCGGAACACUACCCUGCAUUCUUAGUUCUCCUUUACGACCAGAUCAACAGAAGCAUUGUUGACUUCCUCACAGCAGCGGAUCCAAGAGUGCCAAAGUUGCCUAACGAGCUGAGAAGCAUCGUCAAGGAGGGCUUGGUGGCUCAGCUGGCGCCCCAGCCUGGUCCAGACAUGACCAAACUCCCAAAGGAAAUUAAGCUUCUGAUCACCGCUGGUGAUGCUUGGCUACCGUUUGUGAAAGAAUUGGUCUCUUUGAGAGACCAGUUCGCAGACAUCUGCAUUUCAGAGGGAAGUUUGGACGAAGCUUCGUUUUACCUUCGUACCAAUUUGUUGCUCAUGCAGAGCUCGAUCGACGAGCCAGGAAAACUGACUCUUACACUGACAAAGAUGGGCGUUGUUUUGUACCUCAUGAGUGAGGAAUACGAUAAGCAUGCCAAGUUUCUGGAGAAUACAGACCAAAUUGCCAUCAUAGACCAGCUGAGCUCGCUCGGAUUCAAGCCCAAGCCAGACUCAUCCCUUGGUAAAUUCGGAAACGUCCUCAACAAAAUCAAAGAAACAAGCUACAAGGAGUCGGAGGCCUCUUUCCAGCAGGUACUCGAACUGACUGGGAUGAUUAGAUCGGCCUCUUUUGGCACAGACACCCAGCUGCCUGAGUUUGUCACCGUCGGCAUGCAUCUUGCAGAGAUGAUAUCGUCCACAGGUUUGGCAAUGCACAUGUUGAGGGAGAAAAAGUAUGCUGAGAGCAAAAAGCACUUUCUGCGUGCCCGUGUGCUUGCAAUUAAGUACGACGUGGACGACUAUCUCAAAGACAUCGACUUCCAUCUUGCGGAGCUCAACUCCAAGAUGCUAUAA